CCCCAUUGCCUGCAGUUUUAUGUCUUCCCGGAGGGCCCAGGUGCAGUGUCUAUAGUUGAGACAAGAAUUCAACAUUAGACAUUUUUUAAAGUUGGCGUUGAAAUCGAACGACGUUUAUGAAAAUGGCUGGAAACACUCCCAAAGUGUACGAUCUCUUCCAUCCGACUCCGGUACCGUUGAAAGAACUGGCAGCUAUCGCCGUAAGUCUCCAAAUAUGGCGUUCUGAACUGAAGAAAUUCCGUACAAACGGUAUAAAGGAAAAAUUCGAUCCAUCAGAACAUGCUACCUGUAUUUCUUUGGAUACAUAUCUGCCUGAUUUACCAACUUGCAUUCACGAUGUGAUCGACGGCUAUGUCAAGAAACUGGGCUUGUCAAUAGAUAGCUGGGUAUCAGAUCAUUGCGGAAAAGUGAUCGAUACUAAUACCAACCCUCGAGACUUCAGCUCAGGAGACUUCUAUUACGUUUUGAAAUACUUCGACGAUUUCGUAUGUGAUUACGAUGGCACCCUUCAUUAUGCCAGGACAGCCAAACGUUGGUUGCAAUGUACCAGUAAUAUGCUCGGUUUAAAUGGAAAAUUCUCCAUUGCGUGUUUGUACUGUUUCGAAGACGUCAUCAAAGAAGUAUGGCCGUUUGUAUCGAAAAAUACAGUCUGGAAUGAUAUCAAGUGCGACAGGAAUCCGAUACUGUAUUAUUGGAUUUGCUACCUUAGAAAUGAUUUAGGUAAGAUAAAAAACCGUAGAGGUGAUUCUGUAUAUGAAACGAUGUUCUGCUUGAUCGGCAAAGACAAGCCUUGUCUAAGACCGGCAGUGGAUUACUUCUGGGAUCGUAUUCCUUUGGCUGGUCGAAUGCGACCGGCUAAAAAAGUAAUGAAAUAUCGCUUUAAAUCGUUCGUUCGGUUCCUUCUACCGAAACUAGAUAAUCAACUGUUGCAGGAAAUCAUCGACUACAAAGGCGUCGAUUUGGUACACAUUCUGUUUAGAGAUGAAAAAUACGACGAACAGGCGGUUAUAACGACUUGGUUGUACGUUAGAAAUCGCUUUAACAAGGAUAUGUUCAGCUACCUGGUUCACAAAAUAUUCGAAACGGAGCUUUUGUACGUGAGCGACGAUUUUUGGGGAACGGCUCGCGAAGACGACAGUUUAGCAUAUUUGGCUCGUGAAAUAUGGAAUAAUGCUCCGCAUAAAUUAAAACUAUUGACGAUUCGGAACAUUAUAUCCGAUGGUCAAAUGUUCCAAGGCAUGGCUGACGGUCUCGAUUGGGAUCCGGAUCCAAAAAACGCCGAUUUCCUAUUGACCGUUAUCUCCGACGCAGCCAUCAAAGACAGGAAGAAUUUAUUCUGGCUACGCAACUGGCAUCAGUUGAUCGCACUUUACUCGGGAAAAGAUUUACAUCAAAUGAUGAAACUUUGCUUCGAAAAUGACGACAAAAUCGUGCGGUUCAAAGAAAAGGUCAUGGCUGUCAGUAAAUUCGUAAGCGGUCACUGUCGCAAAUUACUCAGUUAUUCGCUUUUCAAUAAAUUGAAAGACUUUAUAAGUUUCUUAUACCCCGAGACGCAACCGGCGAUCAAUUUCAAACGAAAAAUACUCAAGUCAGCUUAUCUCCUUACAGAUUUCACCGAAGAAAACGCCCUUGCCAGCAGCGACAAACUACGUAGGCGCUUUUUCGAAUUAUUGAAUAGGGCGGAAUUCGACGAAGUGAACGACUUCUUGAAUUUCUUAUGGCCCGAAAUGCGAGAACCGAGAAUUUUCAAGCAACGAUUACUCCAGUUGGCUUUUCUCGGCCAAGAUUGUCAACUUGGUGAUUCGAUUAUGCGUGGAAUUGAAAAAUUCAACGGAUUCAUCGACGAUACUUUUAACACCGUUGAACUGUCCAACGAUUUUAAAAAUCAGCUCGCGUCGUCGCCUUCAAUUCAGGACCGUCUAGUGGGCUAUGCUCAAUCAUCUUAUGAUAUAGAAAAGUUUCUGAAAUUCGUUGACACGUUUGUUCUGCAAGAACAAACUCUGAUGCAGAUCAAACGGCGUACAGGAGAUGCGUUAAAAGAGCAUUUUUCCAAGACUAAUUCAUCAGAUAAAUACGAGUUAAGGUUACGCUUUUCGUAUGAUUUCCCAUCUGACGAGUUUUUAUUGUGGUGUUUUGGAAAUGAGGAAGAAGUUGCGAAGUUUAAACUGAGCAUUGGUUACAAACCCAAGGAUUCAUCCGAUCCCAUGUUAGUUGAUUCUGAUUCAGACUUCGAGCUUUUUCCCAAGAUUUUCUAGGACUGUAAUAAUUGUGUUACACUAAAUUUUCUCGAUUUUUAUUUUGUAUGUAUCCAUUGAUUAAAAUAAGUUUCGUUUAUUGAAAUCGAACAUGUUUAUUGUCUUUCUUAAUAACGAUUCAAUAAUUAUUCUAACUAGAGAUACCUUACAUUAAUAAAUUUGUAUCUAUUUUACUUUUAAGUACACAUUUUUUAAGAUGGAAAUUUAAUGGUAAUUUGAAAUCAAUUUUUCAAGUAAUUUCACGAUUUCUUUAUGAUUAUUUUUAGUGUUAAAUUACGGUUGUUUUGAGUUAGCUUCAUUUUUUUUUAUGAUUGAAAUUAUAUGAUAAACUAAGUCUUAUUUUUGAGGUAAUUUCACGUUUUUUAUUUUUUUUUUGAUUUUUUUUAGUGUGAAAUUACAGCUUAAUUCAGCUUUCUCGAGUUUAUUUUAUUCUGAUUUGUGAUUUUUUUAAAUUGAAUAUCGUAUCGUGAUUUCAUUUAAUAGUUUACCUACCUACCUACUUACUAAGUAAUUUUGUUCAUUGUUCGUUCGGGCUACUCGAUGAUUCGUCGAACUAUUGCCUCAGUGAUUUUGUUUGUUUGAUCUUAGAGUACAAUUUUUGAGCAUAA